CGUCUACUGUCAGCAUCAUCAUUGUGCAUUAAUGUGUUCGUUGUUGUAGUGAAAUGUUUUUCGGGUGAACCAUAGCUAAAUUGUAAACGUCAGUCAGUUUCCUUUUGAAAACWUUGUACCGCGAAUAAGUAAUUAUAAUAUUUUAAUAAAAUGUCGCGAAAUAAUACGGCCCAAGGCAGUGGAUCAUCUGUACAAACCUACAAAUUAGUAAUUGUUGGAGGUGGUGGUGUGGGAAAAUCGGCAUUAACGAUACAGUUCAUUCAGAGCUACUUUGUAACUGACUAYGAUCCCACAAUUGAAGACUCCUAUACCAAACAGUGUGUCAUCGAUGACAUCCCAGCCAAGUUAGAUAUUUUGGAUACUGCCGGUCAAGAGGAAUUUAGUGCUAUGCGUGAGCAGUAUAUGCGCUCUGGUGAGGGUUUCCUGCUUGUGUUCGCUCUAAACGAUCAUUCCAGCUUUGAUGAGAUACCGAAAUUCCAGAAGCAAAUCCUACGCGUCAAGGAUCGUGAUGAAUUUCCCAUGUUAAUGGUUGGCAACAAAUGCGAUUUGGAACAACAUCGACAAGUUUCAUUGGAGGAAGCGCAAAAUGUAAGCCGAAAUCUCAUGAUACCGUACAUUGAAUGCAGCGCAAAGGCGCGUGUCAAUGUGGAUCAAGCUUUUCAUGAGCUUGUGCGAAUUGUGCGAAAAUUCCAAUUAGCCGAACGUCCAUUCUUGGAGGAGAGCUACAAUAGGAAAAGCAAGCGAAAAUGUUGCGUAUUGUAAUGCGAUAUUAGGAAACAUUUAAAAGCUAGACAGAAAUUAGAGAGUGGAAGACGGUACAUGAUUUUUUCGAAGAUAAAUAAUAAUUUUCGAUAUCGAAGUGGAAUUGACGAAAAAUGCUGCCAAUAAACUGAAUUACAUAGAGAAUUACUUCUUCAAAAACAUGAAAACACACACACAAACAUAAAAAAUCCAUACUAAUUGUGUGAGUGAGUGGAAAACCAGCGUAACUCAUAGUAGCAGCAAACAACGGUACAUGUGCAAUACGAGAGGAAAGAAAUAUUAUUUCAGCGUACCACUUGAAAACUGGAACAACCUGUGUGUACACGUAACUAAAAACAGUUUAUGAUAAUACAUUUAUUAAAACGCUACAUUUAUUGUACAAAAACGAAAUUCUAAUGCAAGCCACCAGAGUCCAUAGUAUAUGCCGAACAGAGCAAAGAGUAAGCUAAAUGUGCUUUGCCACACUAAAUCAACGAAAAUAUCGAAUACCGCCAAAAAUAUUUAAUGUUUUUUAUUAAUCAAAUUAAUAAGUCAGUGAAAAACUUGUUAACCAAAUUUAUGCUAAACGCUAAAAAAUCAAAACACCAAUUAAAAUUUUAUACACAUACUAAAUUAAGGAAAUGAAAAAAAAAUAAUAAUAAUAAAAUAUAUGUUUGUGAAUUUUAUAAACUAAUUAUGUACAACGUCAGGCGAUUAAAAUGUUUAACUAAUAAGUAUGUGAGUUUUGUAUUUAAUAUUAAAAUAAUAUUUUAUUUAUUAAGUGAUAAAAUUGCAUUGCGAAAAUCGUUACGAUUAUGCCAAAAGAGAUUUGUAUUUUUAUGCUUAAUAUUGAAAAACACCAUUUUUUGCUAAUAAUUGUCGAAAGAAAAUGUAUAAAUAAAAACUGAAAAUGUAAAACAUUGUUAAUCAAAUCAAAAAAUCUAAAAGUUAUUAACGAAAAGGAAAAAAUAUCAAAGAAACAAAACAUAUAUUAACUAACAGUUGAACAAAACGAAUAAAAUUUUGAGUGCCUACGUUUUUAUAUG